CGAAACUCUGCUGUGCAUAAAUAGGGGGAAAGAGAGAAGCAGAAAUUAAACACAGAAGGGAAGAAUACACGACCGAUACCUCCGACAAGUCUCUCACGCCAUGGGUGCUGCGCUGUUCAGUGCACCAGAUUUACCAGCGAACGCAACCACAAUGGCUACAGCCGUGGACAUCUCUCGCCACCUUCAAUGCCCCAUCUGCAAAGUCUUGCUAACAGAUCCGGUCUCAACCACCUGUGGACACACCUUCUGCAGGGGCUGUCUAGACAAGCACAUCAGCAUCUCCGAGCCGCAGUGCCCUCUCUGCCAGGAGCCCGUGAGCACCAAACCCUCCGUGAACGAAGCGAUCGAAGCCCUGCUGCGAGAGUUUUAUCAGACUCAGUUACCCAACAUGAACCUCUACUGUGGAGAAAGAGACGCGGUUCCGUGCGACGUCUGUGACGAACACCUCACGUAUAAAGCCGUGAAGUCCUGCCUGAUCUGUCUGCUCUCCUUCUGCGAUGAACACCUGAAGCUUCACUAUUCUAUGGCGAGAUUCAAGAACCAUAAGCUGGUGAAUCCUUUGGAGAAGUUGGAUCAGAGAGCGUGCAACACGCACGGCCGACCUCUGGAGCUUUACUGCAGACGGGACGAGCUCUGCAUCUGCGCCUUAUGCGUGAAGACGGGUAGAGACGUGAUACCUGUGGAGAAAGAGAGAGAGAGGAGGCAGGACAUGCAUCAAAACACUAUUGAAGUGAUGGAAAGGUUCAUCGAUCAGAGGGAAUCCAAACUUCAGGAGCUUAAGGAAUCAGCUGCAAAACGCCAGGCUCUGCUAGACAGUGAGCAGCAGGAGAUACAGGAGGCAUUUGCUGCAUUGAUGGAGGAGUUGAGGAAAACAGAGCAGGUGCUGCUUGCUCCUCUGGAGGAUGGAAAGACGUGUCUGGAGAAAGAGAUGAACGAGAAGACACAACAGAUACAAAAAGACAUACUCAAGUACAAGGAGACCAUAGAGUCUUUGAAUCGCACCAAGAACGAGGAAGACGACAUCCUCUUCAUCCAGUCUUAUCCGGCCGUGCCUGUUGAGUUCUCCGAUGACUGGACACUUUCCAUUGACACAGAGUUAAACUUUGGCACAAUGAGAAACGCAAGGGCAGCUUUACUGGAUGAGAUUCAGACACAUCUGGAGAGACUUUGCACUGUUGAAAUUAGAAGGAUUCACAGCUUCGCAGUAAACGUGACUCUGGAUCCAGAAACGGCGCAUCCGCACUUAGAGGUGUCUGCAGACGGUAAAGAGGUGCGCGACACCGGAGCGAGUCACGACAUCCCGGGCAGCCCGCAACAGUUCGACCUGGUCGGAGGGAUCCUGGGAAAGCCUCGCAUCACUUCGGGAAGAGCUUUCUGGGUCGUGGAGGUCAGGAAUAAGGUGGGCUGGGAGCUGGGGGUGAUGAGAGACGGAGCGAACCGGAAGGGGAAAGUGUCCUACAAACCCAGCGAGGGUUACUGGGCCAUCGUGCUCUGCGGUCAAACCAUGUAUGGAGCUUUUGAAGACCCUCCAGCCCUGCUGAAUCUGAAGACCAAACCCCAGAAGGUGGGAGUGUUCGUGGACUGUGAGGAGGCUCUGGUCUCCUUCUAUGAUGUGGAGGCUCUGACACAUAUUUACACAUUUUCUAAGUGCAGCUUUAAUGGAGCCAUCCGUCCAUAUUUCAAUCCUCAUCCAAACAAAGACGGAAGCAACUCAAGUCCGUUGGUCAUUUGUCCUGCCAGUCAAACUGACAUCCCUGUGUGAAAACAAGAGCUAAUUUGAUGAAACAAUGACGUAUGAAAAUAUUCAUAUUUAUUGACAUGGUCACGACUGCCUUUCGUUCAUGUCUUUGUUUUCUUCUUUAAUAUUCUCUGUGAUCCUUUGAGUGGUUUAAAAAGCAACAAAUUUUGAGGUGAAAAUUAUAUGCUGUACACACACACACACACACACCACCUUUGUUUUUGUGAACUGUGGGGACUUUCCAUAGACUUCUAUAGAUUUUAUACUGUCCAAACGAUAUUGUCUAUCCCCUAACCCAACCCUAACCCUAAACCUAGCCCUCACGGAAAACAUGUUUGCGUCGUUACACUUUCAGAUAAACAUCAUUUACUAUUUUUAAUAAUUUUUUAACAUUGUGGGUACCGCAAAUUUCAGGUUUUACUAUCCUUGUGGGGACAUUUGGUCCUCACAAUGUAGCAAAAACAAGUACACACACACACACACACACAUACACAUAAAAUAAGAAUUUAAUGAACAGGUUACUGUCCUUCUGAAUGUAAUUUCUCCAAAUUUCUACUAAAAAUAUUUUUUAAGUCUUUAUAAAAAUGACACAUAAUGAUUGUCGAUUAUUCUUUGUGUUUCAUGAUUAAAAGACUAUUGACGUUUAUUUGUGCUCCUGCAUGUUUCUCUAGACAGCGUAUCAUGACAACAAUAUUGUAAAAAGCCUAAGAAUUACUGCCAAGAAUGCCCACAACAGAUGUCUAUACAGAAUUCAGGAAAAAGAAUUUGCCAAGUCUAUGGAACCUCCUUCUAUAAAACUAUAAUAUUUUAGACUGACCUUAUUAUUGUUAAUACAUUAACUAAACUACAGUAUAACAUAGGCUGAUUAUUCUUAUAGAUUAAAAGAAAAUUGCUUCUGCGAGGAUAAAGAAUAUGAAAAGUGUUUAGUGUUGCUACAGAAAACAAAAAAAAAAAAGAGUAAGCAACAACAAAAA